UUAAUCCACCAUAAAAGGGCAUGGGGUACCUUCAAAGAUAAGUCUCACUGCUACUCAGCACUCACCCCCUUUUAACACUCGCUUACCCACCACCCCCCCACUCUCUCUCUGCAACAAAAAGUUGAUCUUGUUAGCAAAUUCUCUGGAUCUUUGAUCUCAGUUUUAAUUUCCAACAAUGGAAACAGCAAGAAACCAUGUAUUUUUUACAACAAAACUCCCUCUAAUAUCCCUCCUGAUGAUCAUCGUGUCUCUGCCGGCAAUGGCAACUCCGGCUGCACACACCUCGUCCAAGUACCAGAUCGCAUGCACAAUGUGCUCCGCAUGCGAGAACCCUUGCAACCCAGUUCCCUCACCCCCACCACCCUCGCCGUCGCCUCCGCCACCACCAUCACCGUUAUCCACAUCCAACUGCCCACCACCGCCAUCCCCACCAAGCCCCGGCGGCGGCGGAGGCGGAGGCGGAGGGUCGUACUACUACUCUCCACCCCCACCACCUCAGUCCACCUACACUUACUCCUCGCCGCCGCCGCCAAAUAUUGGCGGGUCGGCCUAUCCUCCGCCGAACUACAAGAACUACCCAACGCCGCCGCCCCCCAAUCCCAUUGUGCCAUACUUUCCGUUCUACUAUCACACCCCUCCUCCUCCAUCUAUUGGCAGCUCGCUGAGGGGUUCUUUGGUUUACACUGCAGCUACUAUUGGGUUUGCUAUUCUUGUUUGUUUCUUUUGAUGGUAAAGAAAACUAGAGGAUCCAAAAAAAAAAGGUGGAAUAAUUGUGGCAGAUUCGCAGAUCUGGGAACAUUGCAGGUGAGAGAACGAUAUAGGGUCUUGAUCUUUCAUUCUUCAAAGUAGAAAAGCAGAAAGAAACUGUGAAUUGGGAGAGAAAUUGCUGCCUCCAACGGACAAAAAACCAAGGUUUCUGUGCAGCCAGACCAGAAAAUAAAGCAAUUCUGACUCAUUUCAAGUAAUCUCUCUCUCUUUCUCUCUUUGCCGUAGAGUGAUCUGUAAUUUGUUUACAAGUUGUACCUAUUUUUAUUCCGUUUAAUACAAAAUUAUGAUGAAAAUAAAGGAAUUAGUCAUUUUUAUUAGCGAGUUUAGUCCCUCAUUGAACCGUUAAAUCACACGUGAUUGUUGAUACUUUCGUUUGAUUUGGUUGGUGACAGACAAUUGUAGUUUAGACUUAGUGAUGUUUAAAUAUGAAAUAUAUUUCGCUUUCUGAUGUUAAAUUAAAGU